AUGCAUUCCAAAACCGCUCUGGCAGCGCUCCUAGCGCCUGCCGCCGUCUCGGGCCAGCUCAACGACCUCGCCGUGCGGGCCGGUCUCAAGUACUUCGGUACGGCCCUUCGCGAGGGCGCCAUCAACAGCGACACCAGCUACGCCGCGAUCCUGGGCAACAAGGCCGAGUUCGGCCAGCUCGUGCCCGAGAACGGGCAGAAGUGGGAGGCCACAGAGCCGUCGCGCGGCCAGUUCACGUACACGCAAGGCGACAUCACGGCCAACACGGCCAAGAAGAAUGGCCAGGGCAUGCGUUGCCAUACCCAGGUCCGGGACGGGUCGUGGACCAAGGACACGCUGAAGGCGGUCAUGGCGACACACAUGAACAACGUCAUGGGCCACUACAAAGGCCAGUGCUACGCCUGGGACGUGGUGAACGAGGCUGUGGCCGACGACGGCACGUGGCGGCCCAACGUCUUCCUCAGCACCUUCUCGACCGACUACCUCCCGCUCUCCUUCAACCUGGCCAAGGCGGCCGAUCCCGACGUCAAGCUGUACUACAACGACUACAACCUCGAGUACAACGGCGCCAAGACCGACCGGGCGGUUGAGCUCGUCAAGAUCGUGCAGGCGGCGGGAGCGCCGAUCGACGGCGUCGGGUUCCAGGGCCAUCUCAUCGUCGGCAGCACCCCGUCGCGCAGCAACCUGGCCGCGGCGCUGCGGCGCUUCACGGCGCUCGGCGUCGAGGUGGCCUACACGGAGCUCGACAUCCGCCACUCCAGCCUGCCGGCCUCGUCCGCGGCCCUCGUGACGCAGGGCAACGACUUUGCCAACGUGGUCGGCUCGUGCCUCGACGUGGCCGGCUGCAUCGGCGUGACCGUGUGGAGCUUCACCGACAAGUACUCAUGGAUCCCCGAGACCUUCCCGGGCCAGGGCGACGCCCUCCUCUACGACAAGAACUUCGGCAAGAAGCCCGCGUGGACCUCGGUCUCGUCCGUGCUCGCCGCCAAGGCCACCAACUCGCCCGCUUCUUCUUCUUCUUCUCCUGCUUCUUCAAGCUCCUCCGCGGGCCCGGGCACUACCCUCAUCACCUCGACCAGGACCACCACCACGCCGCCCAGCACCACCUCCUCGGCCAGCGGCGCCCUGCAGACCCAGUGGGGCCAGUGCGGCGGCAACGGCUGGACGGGGCCGACCCACCUCCGCUUCCAGUCCACCGAAAGCCGCUCAACCUCGUCUUCUUCCUCCCCCUCCGCAGCAGCCAUGGCCGCCGGCGCGCCGACCAAGGUCUCGGACCGCAUCAAGCACGAUCACCGCGAGCUGGAGGAGUACUACAACAACAUCAAGAAGGCCACGCGCGACGAGGACAAGGCCCAAUGGCAGAACCAGUUCGUGUGGGAGCUGGCCCGCCACUCGCUGGCCGAGGAGAUCGUCGUCUACCCGGCCAUGGAGAAGCACCUGCCCGACGGCAUAAAGAUGGCCGAGAAGGACCGGUCUGAGCACCAACAGGUGAAGGAGAAGCUCUACGAAUUCCAGUCCAUGCAACCGUCAGACCCGAACUUCAUCCCCGCCAUCGACUCGUUGUGGGAGAACCUGGCGCAGCACAUCAAGGAGGAGGAGCGCGACGACCUUCCCGCGCUAGAGAAGGCCAUCGGCGCGCAGGACUCCGAGGCCAUGGCCGCCAGCUUCGCCCGCACCAAGCACUUCGUGCCCACCCGCAGCCACCCGUCGGCGCCCGACCGUCCGCCCUACGAGACGGUCGUCGGUAUGCUGAGCAUGCCGAUGGAUAAGCUGAUGGACAUGUUCCGGAAGUUUCCGGAGGGGAAGUAA